GUAUUUGUCUCCUCUGCUGCCAGGUACCAAAGUGUUUGUGAUGCCCAACGGGAUGCUGAAGAGCAACCAGCAGCUGGUGGACAUCAUUGAGAAGGUGAAACCGGAGAUCAGGCUGCUCAUCGAGAAGUGUAACACGGUCAAAAUGUGGGUGCAACUUCUCAUCCCCAGGAUAGAAGAUGGAAACAACUUUGGUGUUUCUAUUCAGGAGGAAACGGUGGCUGAGCUUCGAACCGUGGAGAGCGAGGCUGCAUCCUACCUGGACCAGAUUUCUAGAUAUUAUAUCACAAGAGCAAAGUUGGUUUCCAAAAUAGCUAAGUACCCUCAUGUGGAGGAUUACCGCCGCACCGUGACGGAGAUCGAUGAGAAGGAGUACAUCAGUCUGCGUCUCAUCAUUUCAGAGCUGAGGAAUCAAUAUGUCACUUUGCAUGACAUGAUCCUUAAAAACAUUGAGAAGAUCAAGAGGCCUCGGAGCAGCAAUGCUGAGACCCUCUAUUAAGUGUCAACGUUUGAACUUGAGAACUGUUCAGUCAACUAAAGACCGUCAUUGCCUUGGUUUGUUACGUGACUAUCGAGAUGGGAAACUGGCUGGAAAUAGUAUCACACUCUUAGUUAAACUCUAAUGAAAUUCUCA